ACCGGGCGCCGCACUGCAAUGGAGAGAAGGGGAGAGGAGCAACUGCACCCGCCGCGGGGGAAGCAGCCGCAGCAGCAGGAGCAGGAGGAAGAGGAAGGAAAAGGGGGGGACUGAGAGCUGCUCUGACCCGGCUGGUGAAAAUCCCAGGUCUUUCCCUCGCCGUGUCUGCGUGUGCGAAACAAAUAAACGUAGCCCAGAAAUGCUCCCGCGGCUGGGCUGCUGAUAGGAUCGUCGGCCGCCGCCGCCCCCCCGCCGCCCCGGCUCCCGGGCAGAGUAGGCGGCAGAGCUGGGAGGGAGUGGAUGCCCUCGUUGUGUCUCUCCGCCUCUCGGAUCCUGCAAAGCCAAGAGAAAUGAGAAGCUGAUCUGUCUCCCUCCCUCCCUCCUUCCUCUCCUCCUCCUCCUCCUCCAACUCUCUCGCCGCAGCUCCCUCUUCACGAUCCCAAGAGCCCCUGCAGAGCUUUCGCUGCUCUCUCUCCCGCUCCCCGCGUGUUAGCCUCCCCCGCCCCCUAGUCCUGGCCUCUUCCCGGUCCUUCAACCAUGCCUAUUUCGGUUUUCACCUUAUAAAGAUGGCGGUGUGGGAUCACUGCAACCUUUAGACUCAUGACUGUCAGAAAUAUCGCCUCCAUUUGUAAUAUGGGCACCAAUGCCUCUGCUCUGGAAAAAGACAUUGGGCCAGAGCAAUUUCCACUCAAUGAACACUACUUCGGACUGGUCAAUUUUGGAAACACGUGCUACUGUAAUUCUGUCUUGCAAGCCCUGUAUUUCUGCCGGCCGUUUCGGGAGAAUGUGUUGGCAUACAAGGCCCAGCAGAAAAAAAAGGAAAACCUCCUGACAUGCCUGGCUGACCUUUUCCAUAGUAUUGCAACACAGAAGAAGAAAGUUGGGGUGAUCCCACCAAAAAAGUUCAUCUCCCGAUUACGAAAAGAAAAUGACCUCUUUGACAACUACAUGCAGCAAGAUGCCCACGAGUUUCUGAACUACUUACUGAACACUGUUGCCGACAUUCUGCAGGAGGAGAAGAAACAAGAAAAGCAAAAUGGCAAGUUGAGAAAUGGCAACAUGAAUGAAGCAGAAGAGAACAACAAACAAGAGCUGACCUGGGUGCACGAGAUCUUUCAGGGAACCCUGACGAAUGAAACAAGAUGUUUGAACUGUGAAACUGUCAGUAGCAAAGAUGAAGAUUUUCUCGAUCUUUCUGUUGAUGUAGAACAGAACACAUCAAUUACUCAUUGCUUAAGAGACUUCAGCAACACAGAAACAUUGUGUAGUGAACAGAAGUAUUACUGUGAGACCUGCUGCAGCAAACAGGAGGCACAGAAAAGGAUGCGGGUUAAAAAACUGCCGAUGAUCCUUGCAUUGCACCUGAAAAGAUUCAAAUACAUGGAGCAGCUACAUCGGUACACCAAGCUCUCUUACCGUGUGGUAUUUCCGCUGGAGCUUCGGCUGUUCAACACCUCCGGGGAUGCUAUCAACUUGGAUCGCAUGUAUGACCUCGUGGCUGUGGUAGUUCACUGUGGAAGUGGGCCUAAUCGUGGACAUUAUAUUACUAUUGUGAAGAGCCAUGGAUUUUGGCUUUUGUUUGAUGAUGACAUUGUAGAGAAAAUCGAUGCACAAGCUAUUGAGGAAUUCUAUGGUCUGACUUCUGAUAUAUCAAAAAAUUCAGAAUCUGGAUAUAUUUUAUUUUAUCAGUCAAGAGAGUGACUGGGAAGACAGUGACUUCAUCCACACCCAAUGGGAGAAUCUGACCAGCACUGUUAACUGAAUCUGUGUAGACCCAUUUGAAUACAGUCCAGCCUGCUUUUGUCUCAGUUGUCGACUCCUUUGACUGCAAAGACUUUCCCCCUUUUACCAUGACCCUCAUUUAACAACAAGACCAAAUUUAUACAGACUCAUGCUCAUCUGCCGAAACCUGCAGAACUGAGGCCUAAUGUUGCAUAGAUGUUUGUAUCACUAUUCAGGACCAUUUGUUCACUGUUUCUAAAGAACCAUUCCUUUAGGCUAGUGGUUUCCAAACUGAGAAACCAUGGGAUGCCUUAGAUUAUUAGCAGGAAUUCCUCAGUAAGUUCAUGGGUAGUAAUGGUGGAUGAGCAUCAGAGCCAGGGUCAGACCUCGGUGUUGUUGGGCAGCUUCCAAGCCAACCCUCAGAAUCCCCUAACCUGGCUUCUCCUCUUACUGCUCCCUGCUGUUGUUUGUUCACAUGCUCACUACAAGAAUGUGGGUAGUGGCAAAAGCAAAGGUGAGCGUCAGCUUCCACUUGUCCUCUCCUUCAAGUCAGUGGUUGUGAACUGAGGUCAGAGGAGGUGGCAAAAGAACGCUCAGGAAAAAUAGCAUUAAGGAUCCUGCUCAGAGAGAGUAUCUCACCCCAGAUGUUCUGCCACCAUCUGGAGCCACCAUCAACAUUCAUACCCAAAGGCAGCUUUUCCCAGGUCCCUUGAGACAUUGAUAGACUAUGAUUCCUGGCCAAUGACUGGCCAUGCUGGCUGAGGCUAAUGGAGCUAUAGAUCAAAAUAUCUGAAAGGAUCGAAGUUGAGGAAGGCUGCUUUCAAAAUAGUUUGCCAAAUGUUUGCCUGGAAGCAUAGGCCGGAGGUAGUCCAAGGAGCUAUGUACUCUCUUCACACAGGACAGUGCUGAAUCCCCGUAAUACGUAUCUACCCUAGAAUAUGUCUUGGAUGCCCCUGGCACAUGGAGGGGUCACAUGGCAGGUGAGCUCAAGGGUUUCCAGACAGAGCAAUGUGGGAAGGUAGAAAGUCUGGAUUUUCCAGCUUUAAAUGGCUGUUACUAUAAUGUAACUCGUACUAAGUGGAGAGGAGAUAGAUAUGUAUUUCAUAACCAUUGGAACCAAGUUUGGAUUGUGGAUUAUGUCACAUGGUAUUCUCCAGUUAGAAAACUAUUCCUUCCUAAUCCCUUUAAACUUAGAGUUAUUAAAAAAGAAAUCAAAUUGGCAACCUCCAGGCACACUUUUACUCCAAGGGAUUUCAGUCCCACUAGAACCAAAUCAUGCCUGUUUGUCCAGUCUUCCUGUGAUCGUGGGACAGCACAAAUGGACCAAGUUGGUCUUGUGGAUUCCCACCCUGUACAAGACUUUAGGAGAUUUUGCACUGAGGAAGAGAGGAAGCUGUUUCUCCCUGUUACUUUCGCUGCAUAACGAGUGAUUGUAUCUGUUCUUAACCCAAAGAAAUGUCACAUAAUGUUGCUUUUGCUUUCUCAAGUUCGGACAUGCCUGAGUCUCACGCAUGCCAGCAAGUGCUUGUCCAGCAGUUGUCCAUGCUACAGAAGCAUUACUGGCCACGAUCCCUAACUCCAUAGGGCUUACCAGAGUCCUGCAUGCAGGGGGCAUUCACAUUCUCCUCAGUCUUAGGGAAUGCUGCAUAGCACAGUGGAGAUUUUGCAUGCACAUUAGAGAUUUUGGGUUUAAGUAAAGAUCUGCCAUGGCACUCCAUCUCAUAAAGUGCUAGACCUGACAGGUUGUGAUGGCUGCUUGGAAAGCUAAUUAAUGUGGCAUCACCCAGGAUCAAAUGUUUUUUUGUGUUCUGCAGGAUCUUUACAGUCAUAUAUAUUAAAAUCCAGUUCCUGAAUUCUGUCUCCAUUGCCAUACACAGCUUAGCAUGGCCAAGAUAUGGAACCUGGGGCAAGGGAAUCAGCCUGACUUUGAAUGGCUCCCAUUUGACAUGAAGUAAAUGGGCCGCAACUGGCAAGACUGCUGGAGAAGAUACAAAGUCACUGACCAACUUUGGAGAGAAAGAGGGAAUGACCCCUGAGGCAUAGGACAGAUUGAGCACCCACCUCAGUCUCAAUCUGGGAACAUGCCUUUAGUUUCUGACAUAUGAUGGCUCUCAUUAAGUAAAUGGGCUGUAAUUGGCAAUUGCAAUUGACCUCAAACCUGCUGCCCUCAAAAUCCUGAGAACACCAACUCAAGGAACAAGGUUAGUUUUUGUCCCAACUAUCUCCUGGUGUGAAUUCUUUUUUCUUCUUCUGUAGAAGCCAGGAAUAGGAAGCCUCAAGCCCAUGAACUAAUUUUGGCCCUUCCAAGGUUUUUUGAUGGCCCCAUCCCUCCCUCCAGCCACAGCCCUUUCUUCCAAUUACCAAUUUUUCAGUGGUUUCCCAGGUGUAGUGCAUCCCACUGCCACUCCCAGAUAUGGAAGCUUGAAAUGCCCCUCCUACGCCUUAGUUACUGGCAGAAGCAGCUUUAAGCGAACAUGUGCUUCUAUUUGGAAUGGUUGGCCAAACCCCUUUUGCCUACCACCAUUGGAAUGCAGCCCCUUGAAAACAAGUUUCGCCUUCUGGCUAAAAAAGUUCCCUACCUCUACUGUAAAGGAGUCAUUUUGGGAAAUUAUAUUGAAUGAAUGAAUGAAUGAAUGAAUGAAUGAAUGAAUGAAUGAAUGAAUGACUGCUCCGAAUCCUGGCUUUGAGCAUUCCUUUUCAGUGGUGGUGAGAUGGGCCUUCUGGCCCUAUCACCGAGUGGCUGAGCCUACACCAAGUACUGGGAUGCCUCAUGUCUCUGUGUGCCCCAACCAGAACCUGCAAUAUAUAAAUCUCUACCACCCUCUUGCUAGUCUUAUGAGCAGGGAUUUUGCUGGUUGGGCAAUAAUAAAGAACAAUCUUCACUGCAGAAAUUAAAUCCUAAUGACAUCAAGAGUCACACAUACUGAUUUGCCAGAUUGCUGUUUCAAGGCUACCUGGAUGUCUUGGGGUGGUCCUGCUGGCUGCAAGAAUUGCACUCUGGCGAAUCAGUACUUCCAAAUAAUACUGCCUAAGUCCUCUUAAAUGGGAAAACUUUGAAGGCAACUGGGAGGCCUCUGUUUUGUUGAAUGGUUAAAGUAGCAGACUUGGAUUGCCUCAAUGUUUAUGACCCUGCAUGAUGCAUUGCAUGGGCUGCUAAUGCCAUGUUUUGACCGAGACCAAACAGAAAGCAAAGGGCAACUUCUAGCAGGAGGUUCUCCUUGGCAAGGCCCAUCAAGGUGAGCAGGAGAUGUGCAGAAGCUUUUCUUUCUGCUGGAUUGUGUACCAGUUCUCUGUGGAUCUGUGUAGGACUUUCAGUGAAGACAUUCCAGAGGAGAUCAUAAGCUCACAACUUUUUAAAAGAUGCAUGUAUUUAUUAGGGACCAGUCCCUUUUAAUACUUUCUGAAUGGAGGUCUAAUUAGGAUUUUACUGCUGGGUUGCAUAUUUCAUCACUUGCCAGAUUUUGUACCUUGGUUUCCCUUCUGAAAGUUAAAAUCUUCCUUGUGUUCAUGUGAUGUUACAUUAUUGGCUUUCGCUAAAGCAACACUGCAUAGUGUACUUGCUGUGUAUUACAGGGUGUAAUACUUCCUGUGGCUGAGGAGCAAAAUCUAAUAGUUUUAAUCUUUAAAUCAUUAGUUUAUCACCAUGAAGAUCCAUUAUGACAGACAAAAGAAAAUUGCUUGCAUGGAUACUCCAUUUUAUCCACAUGGUCAUGGUUACUUUGUACAUGUACAGAAGAUAGGCAGUUUGCACCUCUGCAUAGCCUAAUGCCAGAAUUGGACUGGAAUUCAGAUGCAGAUUUAGCAUAUGAAAUCUUAGCAGGCAUUGCCCACAUUUUUGUCCCAAACAUGUUCAUGGUCAUAAGGACUAGAUGUCAAAUGUCACACUUGCACAAUACUGUCAAAGAAGCAAUGAUACAGAUAAACCUGAUAUAAGAGCCUUAGCCUACAGGUUCUUAUUAAGAUAUGCAGUGAAGUAAAAAAUGGAGGGUGUAGUUUAUACUAAGAGGACUUUUUUUUCAAAUUGUGCCCAUAGUCUGUAAUUCACAAAGAUAUGUAUACAAAUAUAUGUAUGCAUCAAUUGAUUAUGCAGCUUUCAAUUGCUGGCAGCUGAACAUGUGAACUGGUUCAGGCCUGGUUUGGAUGUAAUGAGAUAUCAUCGCUUUCUACUACCUGAACAAGCUGCAAUGCAACUUAGGUUUGUCCUCUCCCCUUUCCUCUUCUUUUGUGGCUCCAAGGAGAUUGGCGCUUCUGCUCUCAGUUUGAAAGAAACCAGUUUCUUGUGACAUUCAAACUCUGGAAGCUAUAGCCUGUUUAAACUCCAGUUAAGAAACAAAUUGGUUUGUUUACACUAACUAGUGUUUUAAUAAUCCACAGUUCUUUCAGACUGGGCUUGAUGGGAACCUGUAGUUUGUUUAACACUGGAAGUGAGGACUUCCUGUUAUGCCAGGCUGCAUGGGAGGAAAGGAGAAAGUGCAAACCCAAGGCUAAUUAUGGUUCAUUCACACAGUAGGAAACCAUGACUUCCUAUUACAUCUGAACUAGGCCUGUGUACAUAUUGCACUGAAGAUAAUGAUGUGAAAGUUGGGUCUCCAGUGUUUGGUCUGUGAUGGCUGAUUCACACAUGCAAGACAUCCUUUGAUACCCUAGUGAUUGGCAAGCAUGUGUGGAAACAGGCCAGAUCAGGUAUAUCAGGAAUACGUGUUUUGCCUUGGAGAACAUAAGCAUGAAACUCUUACUUUGGGAAUGGAGCAAUGUAAGCUUGUCUAACCAAUAACUGGAAUCAAUGGAGCUCUUUCCAUUAAAACUCACCUGUCAACAGACACUGUACAACUGGCUCCCAAUGGUUGGGAUGUGGUCCGUUUGUGAAUAAAGUCCGUUACUUGCUUUGCUACAUGGCAUAGCCUUUUUCUGAGAUGUGGCCAUCACUUUUCUGACAGGCUGGCUGCUCCGGUUGUGGUGAAUAAAUGCACUUUCUAGUUCAGUGUUAAUCAGUGUAAUAAAGAUGUUUUGUACAUUGCAAAGGUUGCUGCCAAACGUUUUUAGGAUAUAUGUUAAACCUUUUUUUAAAAUAAAAAAGCUAGCGUUAAUGUAUAA